UCACCCUGUGGUCGCGAGUGAGUGAGUGAGGAGAGAGCGGGCUCAGUAUACUGUAGUAUAUAUCUCAAGCUGUUACAGUGUUAUUGUGCUAACCACCUAGUUUAAAGAUGGUGAAAAGCGGCAGGGGUUUAUCCCUCCUGCUCUUGUGUGUGGUUGCACUGGGUGUGCAGGGCAAGUACCACCGGUACCACCAACAAAGUGAAGACCUUGGGCUCGACCAAACCGAGUCCCAAGACAGCGAAGACCAAUCUCAAGAUGAAAAUCAGGACCAACAAAGUGAAGACCUUGGGCUCGACCAAACCGAGUCCCAAGACAGCGAAGACCAAUCUCAAGAUGAAAAUCAGGACCAACAAAGUGAAGACCAAGAUGACCAAAAAAUGGACAUAGACAGAAUAAUUCAGAUGGCUCGAGUGAUACCCACCAAGCCCCGACACUGUCAGAGCUGUAAGACAUGCACUUUUGGUGGGGUCGUGUACCCUCAUGGCUCUGUCAUGUUCAAUUACCCGUACGGCUGUCUCCAGAUCUACUGUGACAAGGGCGAAAACGUCAUGUACUUCCAUGGUGGCCCAGGAAAAAAGUAUUGUUGUGAGUUCCGUGGACAGAUGUACUCAAACUGGGAACGGUUGACUUCUCACUGCAUCUCUAUCCAAUGUCACUAUUCCUACUGGUAUAUGUACGACACUAUCGAUCAUUGCUGCGGUCACUGCAAGAUUCACGACGACCCUCACGUUGUUACCUACGACAGCUACCACUACGAUUUCCAAGGACACUGCAACUACACAGUCACGCAGACGGGCUUUGGGCAUCAUCCUGAUCAUGGCGUGUUCAGCGACUUCGAACCCUUUCAAUACAACAAUCUGGCCUCCUCGGUCUCCAGCACUACCUUCAGGGAUAGUGCACACACCAUUGUCACUCUCAACGCUGACAGCCCAAGCUUGGUAUUCUACAACAGCCAGCCGAUAGUCAUUAAAACCGCGACCUUCUUCAAGAUGUUGCCGCCUAAUCCGUGGGUCAACCAUUACGUGAUGGUCUUACGGCAUCCCAGUGCGGCUGACUGCAAUCUGGUUGUCGGCUCCUCCCAGCUGGUGGUCCAGCAGUGUGCUAACAGACUGGAUGUGUGGGCCCACCCAGCCCACCACGACGACUUGUACGGCCUCUGUGGGCACUUCAACCAGUACACCCCCGACGAUUUCACCGCGAGAGACAACACCGUUUACCAACUCCAAAAAUUCCCUCGGGCCUUCCCCGUCUCCUGGCUGGCUCACAAACAGUCGGAUCGUAAAUGUACCCAGUCAUGUCCUGAGCCGCAUCUAGGCUGUGUCAACGAUUACACUACCGACCCGUGUUACGCCACCACUGCCGCAAAGAACAAAUACUACAGCUUAUGCAGCACUUCCUUGAGUAGCAUCAUAGGACAAAACUCCGCGUAUGAAUAUCUGAAGCAGGAUUGCGCCAUGGACUUGUGUCUGAUGAACCAGAACAACAACUCGAAGAACUUCUACGCCUGGAUGCAGAAACUGAAAGUGAACGCAGAGAUGGUCAAGUACCUGCAUGAAAUUACAUAUAAAGCCGGCGGGGGGCAACGUAGAAGCUUCAAUGAUUUCCCCGUGGACUUUUUGGAUGCAGUUGCACAGCUUAAGGCCAAGGACGCAGCAGCACCACAUCUAAGAGGAUAACGCAGGUUUUUAAGAACAAAUUAUUAAUGAUUCUCCAGUAAGUAAGGUAGGAGAAUUUCAAGUAAAGAAAAACAAAUCAAUAUUGCUGACCACCCUUCCAGGCGGUCGAACAAGAGGAUAAAGAAAUCAACAAAAGGGAACGAACUCCUUCACUAACCUAUUCACAAUAAAACUUUAACAUCAUCUUAAAACAAAAAAAUAUCAAAUAUUAUAAACAUUAUCCAGAUGUUUUACGUACAUUAACAUCAAAUACUGGUAGUCAACCUCCCCCACACGUGUAGAUAAGAGAAGACAAUUGCACCAAUAAGGAGUGGAAUAAAAUUACAUACCACUAAAAAUUUGUGUUAACAUUCAACCACCAACAUUCACUAAGGACUAACACCAAUAUUCACUAAGGACUGACACCAUUAUUCGCUAAGGACUGGCACCAACAUUCACUAAGGACUGACACCAUUAUUCGCUAAGGACUGGCACCAACAUUCACUAAGGACUGACACCAUUAUUCGCUAAGGACUGGCACCAACAUUCAAUAAGAACUGACACCAACAUUCACUAAGGACUGGCACCAACAUUCACUAAGGACUGACACCAUUAUUCGCUAAGGACUGGCACCAACAUUCACUAAGGACUGACACCAACAUUCACUAAGGACUGACACCAUUAUUCACUAAGGACUGACACCAACAUUCACUAACACUAAGGAUUGAAUGUAACUGUCUUAUAAUAUCAGUAGAAAAAUCAAAUUCACAAUGGAAAGUACUAAAAACUUCUGAACCCUAAUAUUAAAUUCUAUAAGUUAUAUUUCAGGAAAACAAGAUAUAGAAAGUACAAUAGACUGAUCUCUGACUUUCCCCGUAACACAUCCAACAUCACUACAGGCAAUAAUUAUCUCACUGUGUCAGUAAUCAUUAUCCCUUAACAUCAGGGCACGGGGUUUAUCGUGCAUUAACUUUACACAAGAGAAGUUAUGACAUAUUAGCUUCAUGGAGUAGAAAGAUCUGUACCAGCUUCCUUAACUCCUUCACUACGGGGACGCCACGUUAGAUAUCUUCUGUGUUACCGACAGAUGAUUUUUAUUCAUCGUAGAGGUGACCCAGUACACAUGUUAUCAGUAAACUAUCUCCCUUAACUGCAGAAAAUAAAUAUAUCUUCCAUUCCAAAAGUAAAAAAAAAUGUUGUUAUUCAUAUAUUUUAUGUAACUGCUUUUAGAAUGUACUUAAUCAUACUAAACUGGAUUUCAAGU